AUGCAUAGCUCGUGUUACAUCGGUUGGGAUGCUUUAAUAGUAUUUUAUGGCCUACAAACUCAGCGAUUAUAUGGUACAAGUGUUUACAAAGUUUUUCAAUUUACAUUGUUUUUUGAACGUAAUUCUUCGAAUUUUUGCACAUGUUCUUCCUUUCUUGAUAUGAGCGGACACCCAGAACCUACUCCCCAGGUUGAUCUCGUGAUUCUUUUUGACAUCAAAUUUGAUCCCAUCUUUGCAUACACUUCAUCAUAUUCAAGCCAUAGAACACGUCUUCGCAUGUUCAACCAUAGAAUACUUGUAUCUUAUAACGUGCACAGAGCAUCACAUAGAUGA